AUGAAAAGGCGAUUCAAAGAAGGGAGGCUAGUUUUUUAUAAGAUUGGAAAUGAGAAGGUUCUUCUGUGGAAUCUAAUGAUGAAUGGGUAUGCAAAGAUUUGUGAUUUUAAAGAGAUGACGAGAGAUGUUAUUUCGUGGAAUUCAAUGAUUAGUGGGUAUGUGGCUAGUGGGUUUUUUGAGAAGGGAGUUAAACUUCUCAAAGAAAUGUUAUAUUUGAGAUUUGAUAUGGAUUUGGCUACAAUGGUUAGUGUUCUUCAAGCUUGUGCAAAUUGUGGUCAUGUUUCAUCGACUAAAGAAGUUCAUGGUUUUGGAGUGAAGGCCUAUGUUCACUAG